GUUGAACAGAAGUGGACGGGACUGGGUCCUGAAGGAAGGGAGCGAUUCUCUUUCCUAGCAGAUAUAAAUGACAUAUUCAACAACGCGCUGUCACUUACACAGUCAGUAAAUAUUUCAGUGUGUGCCUGUUCAUUAUCUACUAGACGUGACAGUAAUAUUUACCAUUACCAAUGUGCAAAAAUUAUCUAAAUAUGUACUUAAUUUAUUAUCGAGAACCAUUAAUAAAAAAGCGUAUAUAUAGCCCAGACGACCUCAACACUCUGUCUAUAAUCUCUGACAAGUACUCUGUUAAAAAGUCUCCAGAGCGCGCAUCUGAGUUUAGGGAGCAAGGUAACCUCAGCUUCAAGGUGAAAGAUUACACGGCAGCUGCACUGUUUUAUUCUAAGGGUAUUUGCCAUGCUGAUAAGAAUGCAGAACAGCUGUCCUUGUGCUACGCAAACCGAUCUGCAGCCCUCUUUUAUCUCAGCCUUUAUAAAGAAUGUCUAGAGGACAUUCGUCAAGCUUUGGAGGCCGGCUACCCGAGCCACCUGCGGGACAAACUGAUCACUAGAAAGACCGCCUGCCUGAAUCAGCUCAGCCAGCUUGAAAAAUCCAACACUCCAGCCCCAAAUAACCCACCACCACCAAGCCAGAAGAGAAGUGACUCUCUUACCUGCACAUCACAUGGCGUGUCUGUUUAUUUCAGUCCUGGGAAAGGUCGGCACCUGUUGGCCACGGAAAAUAAACUAGCCGGUGAGGUGGUGCUGGUGGACGAGGCUUACGGCUGUGUUCUUAUCCCAGGUAUCAAACUCAUCACAGAGACUGAAAAAACAGUGUUUGACACCGAAGACAGACAUUGUCAUCACUGCCUAAGCCGAACACUGAGUUCUGUGCCCUGUCCUAACUGUAGUUACGCUCGGUACUGUGACGAGAGGUGUCGAAAUGAGGCGUGGAGCCAAUGGCACCAAUGGGAGUGCGCUGUUGGAGCAGACCUGUUGGUUUUUGGUGUUCUGCCGCAUCUUGCACUAAGGGUUGCGUUAAAAGCUGGGCAAAAGGAGGUUCGAAGCGCAAAGGAAAGUUCUUGUGUGAUGGAAAACCAACCUGGACUGUUUAAAAGGGAUUCACCAGCCCGAUUGAACUUUGAAGGCCACUAUACCAAAAGUUCAGAGCAUACAGACUGUUACCAUGGCAACUCAUAUCUAGGCAUCUACAGUCUUUUACCACAUGUGGGAGAACACUCACCUAGCUUACGCUUCUUACUCGCAGUCACAACAGCAACACUUUAUAAGAAGCUGCAGGGUGGACCUCCAUCUGACAUGUGGGCAUCUUGCGAGGAUGACAGAGGAGCCUGGAAGCCUGAGAUGAGCAUGCUGGGAGCCACAGUUUUGAGGCACCUGAUGCAGCUCAGGUGUAAUGCACAAGCAGUCACUGCUAUUAGAGUUACAGAAGAGACUGGCACAUCUGUCCAAUCCAGCAACGAAAUCCGCAUCGCCACGGCAAUCUUUCCCGUUCUCAGCCUGCUUAACCACUCCUGCAGUCCAAACACCAGCAUCUUCUUCACCACAGGCUUUAAAACCAACCAGCUCACUCAGUUCUCUGGUUCAAGUCAAGGUGACCAUUCUGAGACCCUUCACAGCGGUGUGACAGUCACUUUACGUACUUCAAAAGACCUCACGGCGGGACAGGAGAUUCUGCACUGUUACGGCCCUCACUGUAGCAGAAUGACUGUGAAGGAGCGUCAGCGCCUCCUGCUGGAGCAGUACUUUUUCACCUGUGACUGUGUGGCUUGUCAGAGAGAGCAGACAGAAAAUAAAACAAGCGAAGAUGUGAACACAGCGCUGGGUUUGAAGUGUGGGAAAUGUGAACAGCCUCUUCAGGCCUACGUGGAAAGGUACGUGUGCUCUCGGCCAUCCUGCAGUCAUCAGAUCGCCAGUGCUGAAGUGCAGAAGAAACUUCAGGGUUUGCAGAACUUACUAGACCAAGCUUUUCAUCUAAUGGAGAGAGACAGAUCAGAUGAUGCCUUAAGGAUCCUUAAAUCUGCCUCGUCUCAGGCAGACAGCAUUCUGACAGAUACUCAUCCUGUACAAGGAGAACUAGCGGAUGCAACAGCUCGUGCAUAUGCCACCAACGGUGACUGGAGUAGGGCUGCAUCCCAUCUCAAGCGCAGUAUUGUUGCCAUAACAGCCCAAUAUGGAGAGGACAGCGUUGAACUGGGACAGCAGUUUUUUAAACUGGCACAAUUGCAUUUUAAUGGCGGAGACCGCAGAGCCACUCUCUCUGUCAUCCCCAAGGCCUGCAGGCUUCUCUCUCUCCAUUGUGGCCCUCAUUGUGAAGAGCUACAGGAACUACAGGAAAUGGAGCACUGUCUAAAAUGACUGGUGUGCAAGAAGUCAAAAGCAAAAGGUUAUCAGCUGACACAGUGUUUAAAUACAUUCAGAUCUUUUGUCUCUGAAAUACAUGAUACAUAAUAAUAAUAAUAAAGGUAAUGAGUUAACCUAAUUUGAUGUUUUGGUUUCUAUUCCUGAUGUUAUAGGGGACUAGAUUUCCAGUACGUUUCUUGACGUGCAUGUCUCAUUCGUAUAUAAUAAUUUGGUUUCUGUAGUAAAUAGUGAAAGGCAGAAUUAAUGCUUUGGAUUAGGGCUUUGUUCAAAUCCUUAAUGCUGUGUGCUUUUUGCAAUCACUAUAAAGUGAUUUUAUUACAUUUCUGACCACUAGGUGGCAGUCUUUAACAACAGUGAUAAAAAGGGCAUUCUGAAGUACAGUACAUGGCACAACUCGGUCAUAGUAUUUAGGCAAAAAAGUCAUAUGCAUUUUGUAUUGUAUGUAUUGACCACUCUAGGCUCUGUUCAUAUAAUGAAGCUAAAGUUGCUUAUAUGU